CACAGUAUACUCCUUGACCUUUUGGUUGUUCCGCAAUAUGAAUGCUGUGUUGUUCAACGCAUUGUGUGUCUCGCUUUGAAAAUAAACACGACCACCGCUCAACUUUUUACCUCUUUUCGCUCUUGAGGCAAGAUUGCUGCCACGGGACGCGCCUUUUGGGUUGAGGGGGAGCAGAAGUUACGAGACGGGCAUUGUUCUGUUGGACUUUUGUGUGCUCUUAAAAUGUGCACGUCAAAUGUAAAGGUAUCAACACACACGUCUUAUCAAAAUAAUACGUUUUAUUCUUCCAUCCUGCUGCAAUCUGGCUGUAGUGGCGUCUACCACCGAAGAAGAAAAAUCCAUCACCGAAGAAGAACAGGGCACAAGUGUGCGUUUACUCUCGACGAAGCAAAAAAUAAUAAUAAUAAUACAAGCAAAUUCGAGUAGCAAAGAAAAAAAAUCAUUAAGAAUGUUACAAGCGUUGGUAAGGCAGCGACUAAUUGCGGCCGCCGACGAAAUAUUUGAACUGUUUGAAAAAACGAUUGCCACAUACGAGGCGCAACUUUGUCGAGCUCGAGAGGAGACCGAGCGACAACGACGACAACUCGAAGCUAUUUCCAAGACACAACCGGUGUCGCACAUCCAAGACGUCCAGCUACUGAUCAGUCACCAAGGACAAGAACUUUCCCCUCGGCUACAGGGGGACACCAGCAGUUUGGAGCAUCCGCAACCCCUCCACGUUAGAGAACAGGAGGCAGAUGUCCCCAUGAAAAGCGAAGAGGAGCCGACUGAGUCGCAACGUAUGAUGACAGAGACCAAAGGAGACCACCUGUUCGCUCCGUUGUCCGACGGUGACGACAUUGGUGAACUUUUAAGGAGCGGUACCGACUCUGCAGAAUAUGCGGGGAGCUCCCGAUUGGAGCAUCCCCAGCCUUCCCACGUUAAAGAGGAAGAGGAGGAUUCCAGCAGCAGCAACUUGCUGCUAAGCUCCCCCCUCGUGAAGUGCGAAGAUGAUGACAAUUCGCCUGACUGGUUACCGCUCGAUCAUGGCGCUCCGACAGCAUGCGUGCAGUCGCACGCCAGCACCCGCACCAGGAAGAAACUGUUAAGCUGCUCGGUUUGCGGUCACAGAUUCUUUCGAAAGAUUCACCUGGCAGCACACAUGAGGAAACACGGUGGAGACAACGCUGCGAGCUGCUGCGUCUGCGGCCAAAGGUUUAGUUCAAAUGUUGCUUUGAUUGCGCAUGCGGUGACACACACCGUUGAUGGACCUUUGGUCUGCCCGAUUUGUGCUAAAAGAUUUUCCUGCAAGACAAAGUUAAGCGAUCACAUCCACUCGCACAGACAAGACUCCUUGCGUUGUUCCUUUUGCGAUAAGCCAUUCACUCAGAAGGUGACGCUGGAACGGCACAUGAAAGCACACGCGUUGGAAAAAACUUUCACCUGUUCCAUUUGCGACAAAACCUUCCCUCAAGAGGGCACCAUGGUGACACACAUGCGGAUACACACGACAGGAAAAGACUUUCCAUGCCCGCUUUGCGGCAGGAGGUUCUGUGUCGAGGCUAACAUGGUGUCGCACAUGAAAACGCACAAGGCCUAAUAAUGGUCCCGUUUAAGGUCAAAAGAGCUCGAGAACAAAAUGAUGCAACGGUGAAUAAACGUCGUCCUGCCCAUUUAGGCUAUGAUCCAGCAAUUGGACGAACAUUUGAGUUUUAACCCUGUAGGAUUGUUUAAAUCAUAGGAAAAAUGAAAACAAAUGAGUGAUAUUCAAAAGAAGUUCAGCUUUAUUUACGGUUUGCUUUGUUUGUCUUCCAACAGCCAUCAAGUAUUGAAACAUAUUUUUGAACC